UAACUGCUCUUUCAAACGGCGCGCAACGUAACGCGGAUAAAAAACCGCGCGCGGUAAAUAUCUAAAACAAAAAAAAAAAACUAAUAAUUAAAUUAAAGCGAAAGGCGCACGCGUAAGUAAACAGAUUCGUCAUAACGUAAUAGUAAGUGCUAAGCAACGUAGUAGCGUUUGUGAACGUACAUAGUUAUCAGUGGAUAAGGGCGUGGAUAAGAAAAGUUGGAAAAUCCCCACUUCGCCCCACCGACAACACUUGCCCUUGUUCACAUCAGCCCACUUUACCUACUACAUACAUACCAUCUCCUCACAUAUCGAGCCCAAUAUGCUGCGUCGCCACUACGGCAUCUACAGCGUGUUUGUGCUUUUCGCGCUCACCACUGCUUUCGAUAUCAGUCGCCUGGAGCCCAUUGCUGACAAAAACAUACAAACAGGAAAUCGAAUGCUCUAUGAAAGGGAAAUCAACGCGAAUAUAUCGUAUGCAACAGCACAAGACGAUGAUGCCGUGGAUGGUUUACUCGAAGUCAAUGAGAUUCCAGUGCGCUACGACGAUGCACAAUUGUGGCGUAUCUACAAUAUUUCAGAGCAUAUGCAGAAUAGCAUGCCGCUGGCAGAGACAUUGGAGAGUAAAUUCGGUGGCGUCAUUUGGAAAGAGAACUCAAAAUUUCUUGAUAUCUCCAUCAAUAAGGAAAACUUGAAGGCGGCACGCAGCUAUCUUGCCGCACGCAAUAUCGACAAAGAAGUGAUGCAUAUGAAUAUACAGGCGCUCAUUGACGCCGCCGAAAUGGAUGGCAUAAAUGCGACCCAAGCGGAGGCGGGUAGUCGUACAAAGAAACAAGCACGCAGCGGCAUUCAUUGGAAGGACUAUCACGACUUGGAUGUGAUAUAUGCGUUUAUGCGCGAAAUACGUGGCAAGUUUCCGAAUAUUUGUCGUUUAUAUUCAAUUGGAAAGACAGCGGAGGGACGUGAUCUUAAACAAAUCUGA